AUGAGCAUUAAAAAUUCUUAACAAAAUUUAAGUAGAUGCAUGCUAUAGCAAGCUAUUAACCUUUAUUAUGAAUCUUAAAUAGAUGAAAGCUUAGAAGUUUUAAAUAAGAUUGAAUAAAAGGAUUUAUAAUUCAUUGAUUAAGUGAUUUAAAAAAGAUAUUUACUUCUUAAUCUUAUAGCUUAAGGAGAUUUGGGCUAAGCUAGAGAUUUAAGAAAUCAAAUUUUAAAUUAAUACUUACGCUUAAAAUGGUGUGAAGAUGAUACUCUAAAAACAUAUAAACUAAAUUUAGAGGAAAUCAUUUUGAUUAUUUGCAUUUGGUCCUAUCAUACUAUUUUCCUGCAAGGUGGUGGAGCAGGAGCAGAAACCCAAGAUUUACUUUAUGUUUUUAAAAAAAUUUUAGAAAUAUAGAAUUCUUAGUUAUCUGAACAAGAAAAUUUAUUAUUUAAAAUUUUUUUAGAUGGAGAAGCAGAUUAAUAAGAUAAGUUACUUCAAUCUUUUUCAGGUAGAUUACUAGAAGAUUUAUUAGUAUAUGCAACAGUAAACCAUUUACACUUUGCUCCAUCAAAAAAACCAUUCUAUGAUUUAUUAGUAGUAUGUGGUGAAUAAGCUUAUUAAAUAAAUCCAAAACAUCCUUUAAUGUGUUAUUUUUUAGGAUUUCAUUAUUUUUACAGAGAUAUAGACAAAUCUUUUGAUUACUUUAAUAAAUAAUUUGAACUCUACAACAAAAAUAUUUAUUGCAACACUUAUUAUUUGAAGUUUUUAGUUUUAAACAAAAACCAUAUGAAAUUUUUAUAAGUUUACGAUUAAGUUAAACUAAUUAACAAAAAUCACCAUCGUGUUGCUUUAGCUUAUGCAGAAUAUUUAGUAGACAAUCAUAAAUCAUUUGAGGCUUUUGAAUGUAUAAUAAACUCUUUAAAAAAUAAAGAAGUUAAGCAAGAAAUAAAUUAAGAUUAUUUUUAAUGGUUUAGUAUAUAAGUAGAUGAAUUAUUUGAAAAUGAUUUUUAAAUUUAAAUUUACGAAUAGGCUAUAGAAUUGGAUUUUGAAAACUAUCGUUUUUAUGAUUAAUUAUCAAAUGCUUAUUUGAAAUAAGGCUAAUAUGAAAGAUUAAUAUAAUUAUAUAAUAGAUAUAAAUUAAAAGAGGAAAAAGACUCUUCAAUUGAAUCUUAAAUUUAUGAAUAAGUUUUGUAAAUAUAUAUCGAACAGAAAGAUUAUUAAAAUUGGAUAGAACUAAAAAUGAAAAACAAAGAUAAAAUAGAUUCGUUUGUUUUUGAUAAAUUUGAUUUUAAUUAGAAAAAUUUAGAAUUAACAUUUAUUGAUCACUCGAUCUAUAUUAUAGAUGAAUUAGAUUGCUUAAUUUAACAAUAUGAAAAAAAAUUAUAGCAAAAGGAAAAUAAAUCUCGUUUUCGUAUCUCUGAAAAAAAGAAAAUAGAAUUGAAGCAAUAUUCUACAUUCUUUUAAUUAUUGCUUGAAUAGCAUUCAAUUUACCUCUAACAAUAAGCUUUAGCUAAAUAAUUUAAAGAUAUUGAAAUUUAUAAAAAAUCUAUUUUACUUUAAGACUUAUAUUAUUGA